UAAACAAGUUUCGCUCGCCAUGCUUAUCAACGCGGAAAACGGCACACAACACCAGAAACCAGCAGAGUGUCUGUGGCGAGAGGAUUUCGCAGGAGUUAAGUCCUCUACGCUAAUUCGAUUCCUGUCCGAAAUGAAGGACGUAGGCAGACGGCGCAGUUCCGAGAUCCUCUUUCGAAACCCACACGUCACAGGGAGCGUCGUCGGGACAACCAAAGGGACCGCCACCCGAAGCCUUCUGCUGCUGCUCGCCCUCCUGAUGCCACCAUCCGUCCUGCUGACCUACGGAUCUGAGGACUCGCGGAAACCGGCUCCUUUCGGCUCCAGGAGUCCGAGAGGCUUCGAGGAGUCAGGCGAGAGGGACAAGAAAGGCCAGAGGGGAGAGGAAUCGAGACAAAGUGGCGGAGAGACGAGAGGGGUUUCCGAGGGAACGAGGCAGGCGUCCGCCACUGUGAUGAACGCUCGGAAGGAUUUUUACGAAAUUUUGCAUAACCUGCAUAAUCACAGGGAAGGAUCGCAUUAUGAUUAUAUUGAUGAAUAUUCCGGUGAUUAUGGCAACGACUAUGAUUAUUACUCAAAUAAUAGCUCUGAUUAUAUUGAUGAAUAUUCCGGUGAUUAUGUCAACGACUAUGAUUAUUACUCAAAUAAUAGCUCUGAUUAUAUUGAUGAAUAUUCCGGUGAUUAUGUCAACGACUAUGAUUAUUACUCAAAUAAUAACUCUGAUUAUAAUGAUGAAUAUUCCGGUGAUUAUGGCAACGACUAUGAUUAUUACUUAAAUAAUAACUCUGAUUAUAAGUAUACUUUUUAUGUACGUAAUGAUUCUAAUGCUUCCUUCGACUACGGUAACUAUUCUAUGUUUUUUGAUGGCGCUUCCAUGAAUUCCAACGAAUAUGACAGUUUAUUGCUUAUAUAUUCUAGGAUAAUUUAUUUCUGCGAGUAUGUGUUUUCUGCCAUGCAUGGGCAUUAUGACAAGUUGCCAACGACGUGGGUCAAGCACAACAACGCAAGUCUCCACUUAGUCUCCGAGCCGCGGUUCGUAGCUGUGUGUGAGCCCAUCUUUCGUAAAUACGAUGAUUGCGAGGCGAAGUUCCCUGUCACCGUGUGUAAGGCCGAGAACCUGGCCUUCUUGCAUCCCAACAGCUGUAAAAAGCCUUCUCUCGAAGAUGUCCAUUUUGAGAAACUCUUGGUGAUUAUGCGCCUUGAGCAAAAUGGCCCUUGUUUCCAUGCAGUGUGCAAGGGUCUUCUAAGGGUGAUUGACAGGGUAAUUAAUGGCGUCCUUGUGCGCUUGAUUAGUCCAGAUGCCGAUGGUAAGACCUGCCAUCGGUACAUUCAAGAAUUCUUCCUGACACCCAGAGGCAAGCACUUCGCCUUCCGAGCGAGGAACUUCCAGUGGCCGUAUUGCUUCUCGGGCUAUCACGUUCUGUGGGAAGAGGAUCCGCGGCCCCGAGGUCUUGUGCCGCUGUGGGACUCCCUGUCGGUGCAGUGUCGGGCGGUCGAAGUCGGCCUUUCGCUGCUCAAUCUCUUGAAUGUGUGUUUUGGUGUAACAGGAAACAUUUUGGUGAUCGUGGUGAGAGGCACAAACUUUUCCAGAUGGAAGCAUCAGGAUACUCUUAAAGUUUCCUUAGCAUUAUGCGACCUCUUGCUAUGUCUCUUUGUUAUCCUGCCGAGCAUAGGAGUUCACUUUGAUCUUAGUACUGGAAGACUGGAGGUUCCGGCAACCCAGGAAACCAGUAAUGUUGUCAUUAAUGGCGGUUUUCGCCUCUUUUCUGCAGUCAUUGCAAGUACGUGUUAUAUUGUUUCAAUAUUUCAGCGCUUUGCUUUUAGUGUCUGGAUCCUCCUAAGAACGAAAGCAAGACCAGACUUCUUCCGAGUGCAGUGGCUGCGGGCAUUUCCGGUGGUCAGCUGGACAGUCAGUCUCAUGACGACAUUGCUGCUCAUGCACGACGGCAGCGGCUCCACAGGUAUCUGGGCCUCCUUCAGCAAACUUCCCUUCGGGCUGUCAAAACUAAGUCUGUCGAUAAGCUUUCCCAUAGUAACGGCGGUCCUGGCACUGAUGAUCUUGCUUACACUGCUGAAUUACUCAGCAGUACUCUGGAAUAACCUGGCCACCGCGGCGCGACCCGGCCACACUGAGAGAGCUGAAGGGAUCGAUGGAUUAACGAAUCUCGAUAUGGCGGACAUUUCCCGCAGGAGGCAUAGGCUUGUGCUCUUGAUUAUCCAAGUUCUGGUCAACUUUGUCACUUCCUUCAUGGUCGGCCUUGCUCUCAUCCUGAAUUUUAGAGGGGAAAGGGCGCAUUUUAUUUCUUAUAUCGCCUGGUGGCUGUACUUGUCUUUGCCGUCCUGGAACCCCUGGCUCUAUAACCUCUGCAGCAAACGCUUCAGACAAGAUGCAGCUGACGUCCUUAGAAAAAUCUUUGCGCAGUUAGUGUCACGAGGUCACCGGCGAAAGGCUCUCGGUGUUGUCGAGUUUAGAAGGAACCUGGAUCGCAAGGACGGAGCCGUGCGGUUCGAGUGGCGACCGCGCCUUCGGCAGGAGGCCAAGUGACUCUCGCUGUCUGGAUGUUGCACGCAAGGGCAUGGGAUAUAAUCCAUAUAUACACACACAUAUACACAUACAGACACACACACACAUAUAUAUAUUUAUAUAUAUAAAUAUAUAUAUAUAUACAUAAAUAUAUAUGCACAUAUAAAUAUAUAUGCAUACACAGUGAAUCUACAUCACAAAAGAAACGGGUUUGUUAUCAGACGUAGUAAAUGUUUUAUUUCAUCUUUGUGUACAAGUUUUAGUGUUACUCUUUUGUCCAUCUAUGUCUGUAUCUAUAUCUAUAUAAAUAUACACCUAUAUUUAUAUCCAUAUCUAUCUAUCAAUAUUUAUAGCUAUAUCUAUUUAUACACUUAUAUCUAUCUAUCUAUCUGUAUAUGAAUGUAUAUACAUAUCUGUCUAUCUACUUUUAUCUUAUUGUUUUCCACACAAUGUACAUAAAGUGAAAUAUACGCAUAGCACAUGUUAAGGUACUUAUAUAAAUAAUAUGUAAAUGA